AUGAAAAGUCUUGAAGAAGAUGAACUUUGCUUUCCUCAUCUCCUCAACUCCUCCUGCAAGAGGACAGUGCAUCCUCACUUUGUAUCUACGCUUAUUUAUAUUUUAUUAUCCUCCAUAUGUUUUCUUACUGUUACUCUUAACCUGCUUGUCAUCAUCUCCAUCUCCCACUUCAAGCAGCUGCACACCCCCACCAACCUCCUCCUGCUCUCUCUGGCCGUCUCAGACUUCUUUGUGGGCCUCAUCUUGUUCUUUCAAAUUAUGGUAAAAGAUGGCUGCUGGUUUCUAGGUGACCUCAUGUGUAUGCUUUAUAUUGUUCUGGACUAUAUUGUUGUUUCUUCCUCAGUAGGAACCAUGGUGCUCAUAUCAGUUGACCGAUAUGUGGCUAUUUGUGAGCCUCUACAUUAUUCCAACAAAGUCACACAAAAGAGAGUUAAGAUCUGUGUUUGUCUGUGUUGGACAUGUUCUGCUCUCCUUUUAAUUCUGCUGCUAAAAGAUAACCUGAAAAAAACAGGCAGGUAUACCACCUGCUUUGGAGAGUGUAUCAUUGUGAUUACCUACAUUGCUGAACUUGCAGAUCUUUUUUUGACUUUUAUUGGUCCUGUUAUUGUCAUCAUAGUUCUGUACAUGAGAGUCUUUGUGGUGGCUGUGACUCAGGCUCGUGCCAUGAGGUCUCACGUUGCAGCUUUACCUCUCAAGUUUUCAAUGACCAUAACAGCUAAAAAAUCUGAAAUGAAAGCCGCCAGGACUCUUGGUGUCGUUAUAGUUGUCUUUCUAUUGUGCGUCUGCCCAUAUUAUUGUUUUGCCCUCUCAGGCCAGGACAGCUUGAUCAAUCUCUCAUCUGCUACGAUCGUGAUAUGUGUGUUUUAUUUUAACUCGUGUCUUAACCCUCUGAUCUAUGCCUUUUUUUACCCCUGGUUUAGAAAAUCUAUGAAGCUCAUUGUUACUCUUAAGAUACUGCAGCCUGGCUCAUGUGAGAGAAACCUGCUGUAG